AUGAGGAAGACAAAUCAAGGCAUGUCUGUGGCAUCGCUCAUGAAGGAUGAUCCWGGUAUAAAAACCAGGAAUCUGAAAAUGUGCUCCUCUCUCAAAUCAUUAUGGGAAUAAUUUAUCUCCAUAGCUCACAAAUAAGAUCAUUGGACCAAUAAAAKUAGUAACUCUUUACCAUUUCAGAACUCAUUAAAUCAACCUAGAUGUUUAAAUAUUGUCUUGUAGAGUUAGUAAAGUAGACCUGACUGCAUGUUUUGUUUUUUAUCUGUGGACAGCAGGAGCCAGUGUGUCUCCUGUCCAUUGGGUGUCCCUGCAGCAGCUGCAGGCGGUCUGCAGGAGGAGGUCUGAUGGAGGAUCUGGGUGGAGUUAAGUUUCUGUGUCAACUGACAAACCUUCACAACAAACUAACAGGUGUCUUCCUCCAUUAGAGCCCCACGAGCAGACAGCCGGUCACUCACGCGCCGGGGAGGUGGGCCUGAAACUUCACGCGCUCUGUCUUUUUUUUUUUUCUUUUUUUUUUUUUUUUUAAGUUUGUCAUUUUCUUGUCGCCUUCCAACUUUGCGGCGCAGCUCAGAGGCACCAUGCACUCGGCGCAGAAAGACACCACCUUCACCAAGAUCUUUGUGGGGGGCCUGCCCUACCACACCACGGACUCCAGCCUCAGGAAGUACUUCGAGGUGUUUGGGGACAUCGAGGAGGCUGUGGUCAUCACCGACCGGCAGACCGGCAAAUCCAGAGGUUAUGGAUUUGUGACCAUGGCUGACCGGGCCUCAGCAGACCGGGCCUGUAARGACCCCAACCCCAUCAUAGAUGGCAGGAAGGCCAACGUAAACCUGGCCUACCUGGGGGCCAAACCCCGAGUCAUACAACCAGGUUUUGCGUUUGGCGUGCCUCAGAUCCAUCCAGCGUUCAUCCAAAGGCCGUACGGGCUCGGUAACGGUUAAAAUAGCAGAUGAAGGGGCAGGAUGGUUUGAGGAAUAGCUGAGUCAGCAUUUGGCAGAGCACUAAGAGUCUUACCUGUAAACUGUGACAAACACAAACGAGCCGCAACGGUGACUAGAUGCAUGGAAGUCUUUGGUUGUUGUUUUUACAGUUUUCUUUAGUACAUAGAUGGUGUGUGCCUUGAUUUUCAGUAUGAUGUGGUGUUCAGCUUAACUGUGUGCAUAUUUCUACUUGCAGUGGUGGGGGGGCACUGGGGUUUUUUGGGGGGGCGGGAGGCAAUAUUUGAUCAGUUUGCUCAGGGAGUUAUAACUCUGCAAUGGAGUGUUGAUUCUUAAUCAUUGUGCUUUAGCGUGUCUUUCUUUUAUUUUUAUUUUUUUGUUGUUGUUUUUUUUCCCUCCCACUGAUGGUUUUGUUGUCCGAGGGGUGGGCUGAUGAUGAUGACGACUCACGGUGUGUUCACUCCACAAUGAUCCCCUGCAACAAAACAAACACYGGCUUGCAUGUGGGAGGUUUUUAUUCUUACCCAUGAUGCUGUGCUGUUGGUUUUGUUUUUGUUUUUUUAUAUUAACAUAUUGCUUUCAUUCCUAUACAGGCACAACAUACUGACCAUUUUUUUUCUGUUCUUGUAAAAAAAAAAAGAGACAUUUUAAAGUUUUUCCACCAGUUCAGAGGCCUCAUUUAACAACAAAAAAAAAAAUUAUACCAUGUUAAACUGAAGUCUAUUAUAAAGUUUUAGAUUUAAAGGGAUCUCUUACUUGUACAUGUUGGCCUUAUUUCUCUAUUCCACUAAAAGGUUGUUUGUGACAACUGAAAACAUCUAAUUAUUUAAAAAAAUAUUUUUAAUUACAUUUUUAACCUAAGCAUGUCGACAUUUUGUUAUUGACCCAAUGCCUUCUGGGGCGAUGAUGAUGGGUUACAGUUGAGACGAAAGCACAAAGGGUCGAGGCUAAAAAUCUAUAUGUGAGUCAAUAAAGUUUUAUUUUUUAUUCACUUCUAUGUUCUGCACAAUACAUGGGUUGAAACGAUCAAACAUGAUGUUCAGUAAAUUAGCUUGUGAGCUAAGGCCAUAUAUUGCCUUACACAGUAUGUUAGCUCUGAAUCUAACAUCAAAUAUCGCCAUAUGCUAGUUUUGAGCUAAUGCCUUAUCGCCAUAUAUUUAUAAGCUGAAGAACUAACACCAGAUAUCGCCAUAUUCGCUCGAGAGUUAAUGUCAUAUAUUGUCUUAUAUUUAUUAGCUCUGAAGCUAAUGUCAUUUAUUUAUUAGCUCUGAAGCUAAUGCCAUACAUUUAUUAGCUCUGAAGCUAAUGCCAUACAUUACCAUAUAUUUAUUGGCUCUGAAGCUAAUGCUAUACGUUGUCAUAUAUUUAUUGGCUCUGAAGCUAAUGCCAUACAUUGUCAUAUAUUUAUUAGCGCUGAAGCUAAUGCCAUACAUUGUCAUAUAUUUAUUAGCUCUGAAGCAAAUGUCAUAUAUUUAUUAGCUCUGAAGCAAAUGUCAUAUAUUUAUUAGCUCUGAAGCAAAUGUCAUAUAUUUAUUAGCUCUGAAGCUAAUGCCAUACAUUGCCAUAUAUUUAUUAGCUCUGAAACUARUGCCAUAUACAGUAUUUAUUAGCUCUGAAGCUAAUGCCAUAUAUUACAAUUCAAAUUCAAUUCAAAAAUACUUUAUUGAUCCCAGAGGGAAAUUAGGUAAACCAUAUGGUAUUACCAAAUACUUAUUAGCUCUGAAUCUAUAUAUUGCCAUAUGCUAGCUUUUCUUUCCUCCGUCCACAUUUUCAGUUUCAGACUGAGUCGUUUCUACAUUCUCCUCUCUGUCAAUGCGCUGUUUAUUUAAUUUUUUAACGGUUUAAUGUCAGAAAUUGUUCGAAAUUAAUGUUCAAGCUGGAUAGCGUUCACAGCAGAGCAACUGGUAAACAUCAUCAUUAUUUACCCAGAAUGCUUUGUAGCAUAAAUAACAUGGCCAUGUCCAGGUGACAAUAUAUAUAUUUUUUAAUUUGUAAAAACUAAACAGCCUAUAGUCAUUUUUAGUUUUGUUUUAUAGUUGAAAUAAAUGUUUAUCAAAUAAUAUCUAAUGUAACAACUAGUCAGAGUUCCCUUUAAAGAUAACCUGUAAUGUUGAGGUUUUUAAUGAACUUUAUAAAUUUAAGUUUAGAAACAUUUAGGGACGGACUCAAAUGUUCACGAGUUUAGGUUGGAGACAGAGAUCUUAGCCGAGCAGCUGUCGGCCACAGUGAUCUGCAGAGCUUCUCAAAUUCAGCUGGAAAAAAGGAGUCGGUCAGCUGCGCUGUUAAUAAUGUAUGGCACAAACUCUGCGAGCGGACAACAGGUGGGCCGAGCCGUGCGCCCGUCCAGGCCUUCUGGUUCUGUGCUGGGGGGGGGGAUUACCCAUGUGUUCUGUUGACUUACAAAGCGCCUUUAUUUAGCUCUGAGCUUGUAGGAUGACAAAACGUUCAACUUUUGUCCAUCAAAAGCCAAAGCUAAAGACUUUUUUUAAUGUCACAAUUAGGUUCCAAAAACAUGCAAUGUAACUUUAGAGCAAAGGUGUCGACGCUUCCCAGAAUCCCACUUUAUUUUUUCUUUUAAUCACCUGGGACAGCUUCGGGCCCGCUCAUUAAACUUUCAGGAGCAGGAGUGAAAGAGUAGAGCGGCGGGCAGUUGUCGAGCGCUCGGCCACGUGUGACUGAUGCAGGAGAUCAGCUUGUUCUUUGGAGAUGACAAGAGGAGCAAAAAAUAGCACGCUUCCAGCCUCUCUUGUCAGUCAACUUGACGAGUUGUGGAGUGGGGGUGUAAUGGGGGGGGGAAAGGGGCAACUUUUCUGUGGACAAAUAUAAUUCCCACCUGCUGCUCAGUAUAUUUACUGAGGGGGACUUCAGCACGAGUUGGAAAUGGGGACAAGUUUACCCAGAUACACAGAUCUGUAAAACCUCAUCAGCUUUAAUUCCCAGCUCGGAUUUUCAUUUUUCUUCAGUAAAAAGUAAAAAAAAUAUAUUUUUAGAUUGGUAAAUAUUUUCAGUUCACUCCUACAAUAUGUUCCUUUCAGUUGGAUGAGUUGUGUAAAAUGUAAAUAAAAAUAACAUUUCAUGAUAUGCCCAUCCAAUAAAUCCAUAUUUUACUUUUAAUAGAGCAUAGUUUCAAUGUUUGGUAUGCUCACUAAGAAAUGUUGAUCAUUAUUCGGAAAAAAUAAGGUAAUUUUGGUAGGACAGGGUAAACAAACGGACAUAAAAAUAAGAAACAGGUGGAGCGUCUUGCAGCUAAUUAGUUGGCAACGAAUCAGAGGAUUGUAUACUGUAUAAAAAGAGCUUUCUAGAGAGAACUUAAGAGUCUGCUCAUGCAAACAGUAUCUGUAAAUAAUGGAACAAUUUUAGAAUAAUGUCCCCUAACAAAAUAUUUCAGAAUCAGAUUUAUUGCCAUUGUCAGAAUUUACAGACUAGGAAUUUGCUUCAGUGUAAAGGUGC